CAACUCGACCGUAUAAAUGAGAAUAUGGACACUAUUCACAAUGACUUGAAAGAAGCUGAACACGAACUGGACAACCUGGAGAAAUGCUGCGGGGUUUUCACCCUCCCAUGGAAAAAAGUGAAAAGGCCGGGGAAAGAAAAGCACUUCAAGCCAAAACAAUACAGUCAGUCCCAAAACUCAGUAUCAAAAUCACAGAACGCCGCAGACGGCAGAGGCGAUCCAAAUGUUGCCAUGCGUUAUCAAGCUACGAGUCAACCAGGCUACAUUCAACGGUAA